AUGGGGUCUCUGGGCACAGCACUGCUCCUGCUGCUGCAGCUCUGGGCCCCGCAAGGAGCCUCAAGCCUGCUUGUGCACCAGGAGCCCACGUUGCUGCGGGUUCAGCAGGGCUCUCGGGUGACCCUGGCCUGCCAAGUGGCCCAGGCCCAGGCCUGGGAACAACUCCGUAUCGGGUGGACAAAGGACGAUGACAUCUUGUGUGAGCCACACAUCACCAACGACAGCCUAAGCCUGGGGCUCUGCGGGCCCCGCGGCCGGCUCUCCUGGCGGGCACCUGGGGCUGUCACCCUGCGGCUGGAUCGUGUGACCCUCAGUGACAGCGGGCACUAUGUGUGCUGGGCCGUCAUGGAGAUUCCGGAGUUGGACCAGGCCAGUGGCAACGGGACGCGGCUUCUAGUGGAUGCAGGAAACCCACUGUACAGCAACAUCCUGUUCCGGCCCCAGGGCGCCCCAAAGAAGCACGAGGCGGGGCCCGGAGAGGGCAAGGGCCCGGCCGCCCCCGGGAGGGACCAGAACGGCCAGAGCGUCUAUUCCACCCCUGUUCCCCAGCCCGCCCCCCACUGCCCGAGUCCGGCCCCCAAACCGUGCCCCGGCCAGGAGCCCAGUCACUAUGUCCCCAUGGCCAGGGUCUGUCCCUGCCCCGGCCCCGCGGGGCCGCCAAGGCCAAGAGGGCUCCCUGCGGCGGGACAGGAGUCGGAGACCCCCGGGGACUCAAAGAGGACCCCACCGCCCGUGGCCACGUGA